AUGUUGUCCUUGCAUGUUGCAUCCUCCACAAUUGGAUAUUAUCGCAUGGGGCAGAUUUUUUCUCCCACCUGAGGAAGCAUGGACAACAAACCAACCUUCUAGUUCAACAAGUUCCCAUCAGGAGCAAGUACAAGAAAACAGACAAUGGGUUCAGUGGAGGCAGCAACGUGCAAAUUGGAUGUGGGAAACUAGAGCAGCUUCCAAUGUACAAGAAAACUAGAGCAUAAAUUGAAAAAUGGCAUCAUUCUUUGGAUGUGAGAUAUUUUGUUGUUUUGUCUAUUUGCUCAUUUGCUUAGAUGUGAUAUAUAUUCUCAAAUGUUCUAAUAUUGUAGGGAGAUGGAUGAUGUCCAAGAAAUUGAACAAAGGUCCCAACCACAAAUUUUUUGGACACAAGAAAUGUCUGCAUGUGCUUUGAAAUAUUUGGCCUAGUUGGUUGCUGAUGGAAUUCGAGUAGACAAAGGUUUCAAAAGCUCGCACUAUAAUCAAUGUGCAAGUGGUGAAGGAAAGAUUUCAGGUUCAAGUUUCUGGUUCUCAAGUUACUAAUCAUCUUAAGACAUGGAGAACUCGCUGGUCAAACAUAUGCAAUUAUAAGAAGAUUAGCUCAGCCCAUUUUGAUGAGCAAACUGGAACAAUAUUGCUUGAUGAGAAGAACUACUUGGAACGGGUGCAGAAAAACCAUUCGAAGCUAAAUUUUUCAACAAGCCACUUGAGAACUACCAUUACAUGGCUGUCAUAUUUGGGAAUCAACAAGCAACUGGACUGUUUGCAAAAUGCACCAGUGAUCCCCUAGGUUUCGACACAUCUGAAAGUGCAGGUACAUAUGAUGUGGGUUAUUCUAGAGACUUGGCUGGUCAUGAGAGUAACAAAGCAAGUCGAACUCGUGAUAGUGGAGAAUCAUUGAACCCAAGUGGUCCAAUUCGUGAUGGUGGAGACUCAUCUACUCGAAGUGGUGCAAGAAGGAAGAGAGGGCGCAUGAUGAUGGAAGAUGAGGAUCCAUUGAUAUGCACUGUCACUGAAGCUUUUAAGACUCUUUCAGAUGCAAUCAAGCAGUCAGCACCACAACCACGUCCGAUAAUCCCACCCAACCUAUGGACUAUGAUGAAACAUAUUCUUGUCUUUGAAAGAGAACAUAUAGCACACUACUAUGGCUACUUGUGUGAGAAUCCAGCCCUUGCUUAUGCCUUUCUAGAGAUGGGACUAGUUGAUCAAAUGGUAUGGGUGUCUAGGUACAUCAAGAGUCAUCUUUCUAAUUGAUGCAUCAAAAAAGCAGAUUAGCCUAAAACUUGUAUCUGAAACUUUUUAGUUAUUUCUAUGAUGGAUGGCGUCUCUGAAACUUCUCUUUGAACAUUGAUAUGUAUGCUGGAUAACUUCUCAAUUUUAUUUAUAUGCUGGAUAAUGUUGAAUAUGUAUGUUGGAUAAAUUCUCAGUUUUUAAUGUAUGUUGGAUAAUGCUGGAUGAAAUUGUAUGCUGGAUAAGUACUCGUGAAGAUACA